AUGUCAACAACUUUCACUUCUGAUAAUAACGUGAAGGAUCAUUCCACAACAACCACAAAUAGAAAGGGAAAUGUCGCUACAUUAUCUCAAACUGAAAAAUUAACUGCAAUUGAUACUUUUGGUAACACUUUUGAAGUUCCAGAUUAUACUAUCAAAGAUAUCUUAAAAGCUAUUCCUGCUCAUUGUUAUGAAAGAAGAGUUUGGGAAUCUUUCUACUAUGUUUUCAGAGAUAUUUUUUGGUUAGGUACUUUUUACUAUUUAGCAAACACUUUCAUUCCAACAAUUCCUAAUAAAUUAGUUAGAGCUUCAUUAUGGGCUGGUUAUACUAUAGUACAAGGUUUAUUUGGUACUGGUCUUUGGGUUUUAGCUCAUGAAUGUGGUCAUCAAGCUUUUACUGAUUAUGGUUGGGUUAAUGAUUUAACUGGUUGGGUUUUACAUUCUUUCCUUUUAGUUCCAUAUUUCUCAUGGAAAUAUUCACAUGGUAAACAUCAUAAGGCAACUGGUCAUUUAACAAGAGAUACAGUUUUCGUUCCACCAACAAAAGAUGAAUUUAAAGCUAAACAUUUUGUUGAAAAAUUAGAAGAUUUAGGUGAAGAUUCUCCAAUUGUUACAUUAAUUCAAUUAAUUACUCAACAAUUAGGUGGUUGGUUAACUUAUUUAACUACAAAUGUUACUGGACAAAAAUAUCCAGAUAGAUCAAAAUGGGCUGUUAAUCAUUUUAAUCCAACUUCACCAUUAUUUGAAAAAAAAGAUUAUUGGUUUAUUGUUUUAUCAGAUUUAGGUAUUAUGAUUCAAUCUUUAGUUUUAUAUAAAUGGUAUCAAACUUUUGGUGGAUUUCAUAUUACAAUGAAUUAUGUUAUUCCAUAUUUAUUUGUUAAUCAUUGGUUAGUUUUCAUUACUUAUUUACAACAUACAGAUGCAGAAAUGCCACAUUAUGAUAAUGAUAAAUGGAAUUUUGCAAGAGGUGCUGCAGCAACAAUUGAUAGAGAUUUUGGAUUUGUUGGACCUUUCUGUUUCCAUGAUAUUAUUGAAACUCAUGUUUUACAUCAUUAUGUUUCAAGAAUUCCAUUUUAUAAUGCAAGAGAAGCAAGUGAAGCAAUUAAAAAAGUUAUGGGUAAACAUUAUAGAUCAAAUAAAGAAAAUAUGUUUGUUGCCUUAUGGAAAUCUGCAAGAACUUGUCAAUUCGUUGAUGGUGAUAAUGGUGUUAGAAUGUUUAGAAAUAGAAACAAUAUUGGUGUUAAAGCAAGAGAUUAA